AUGCUAGUCUACCUACUCAGUCUUCUAACUCUUACCUCAGCUUCAUUCCUACCAAAAUGUAAAACCAUCCCCGGCACCGAAGCCUGGCCAAGCGAGGACCAAUGGACAUCACUUAACACCUCUCUGUCCGGUCACCUAAUCAAAGUCUCCCCACCAGGAGCAGUAUGUCACCCAAGUCAAUCUACGUUCAAUCCCACCACUUGUCCAGCAGUACAAGCAGGAUGGAAAACAUCAGCCUGGCAUACCGAAGAUCCAGUGAGCAGCAUUCAAGACAACUGGAAUAACGAUACAUGCUUGCCGGAUUCCAAUGCUCCAUGCAGCGGAGCUGGAUAUCCUCUUUAUGUUGUUAAUGCUACUUCGGCAAUGGAUGUGAAGACGGGUGUUGACUUCGCGAGGAAGCAUGAUAUUCGAUUGAUUGUGAAGGGGACGGGGCAUGAUUAUUUGGGGAGAUCAUCAGGUUCAAAUUCUCUCUCUAUAUGGACUCGUCAUAUGCGAGGUUUAUCAUUUCAUAAUAGCUUCAGACCUCGAGGAUGUAGUACUACAAUCAACGUCCACGCCAUCACCGCAGCAGCUGGAACUCAAAUGGGUGAACUAAAUGAGCAAGCAUACUUGCGAAAUCUGACGAUUGUCUCUGGUGGAGCCGAGACGGUAGGGGUAGGUGGAUAUCUGAGUGGAGGUGGUCAUUCUAUUUUAACUCCAACUUUCGGGAUGGCAGCAGAUCAGGUUUUGGAGAUGGAAGUCGUCACACCUGAUGGGAGAAUUCGCAAAAUAAAUGAAUGCCAGAACAGAGAUCUAUUCUGGGCCUUCCGCGGGGGCGGCGGUUCAACAUUCGGCAUCAUAACUUCCGUCACCAUCCAAGCCCAUCUCUCAUUCCGCCACAUCAGCACAACAGCCUACAUCGCAACCUCAGCCGGAAACCCAAACUUCUGGUCCGCAAUCGCAAAACUCAUAUCUCACUUCCCAGCCCUUGACGCACUCGGAAUCUCAGCAUACACGUUCAUCAGACCUAAUGUUACGAGCCCUGAGAUGAACAUCACAGAACCAAUUGAUGCAUAUGCCGGGAUCUUUCAUCUCCCUGCGUUUUCUCCCGAGAACACCACAGAGUCACUGCGUGAAGCUUUGACUGUGGUGUUUGAGAAAGCUCUUGCCGCGUAUCCCGGGGAAUUUCUAUCGUUGGUUCCACCACCUGUUGAAUAUUCACAAUUUUGGGAAUGGUGGAGAGAUAAUAACGGGCCUUUGAAUGGUGGUGGUGAUGUUAUUGUGGGUUCGAGGUUGCUUGGGAAGAAAGAGUUGAUGACGGAUACCGCGACACUUGCAAAAGCGUUGAAAGCUGCUGGUGCUGUUCCAGGGUUGGAUCUUUACUUGGUUGGGCCUGGUGGAAAUGGUCCCAGAAAGGUUGUGCGGAGAGGUGGUGGUAGUGUGGUAUCGUCUAUUUGGAAGGACGUGUUGGUCCAUACUGUCAUAGGAGUAACAUGGCCAGCUUUCGAUAAGGACACUGAGCUCCGCCAGAAAUCUUUAUUGACAAACAAGUAUGUCGAGGCACUUCGACAACUCGCUCCGGACUCGCAUGCCUACGUUAAUGAGGCAGACCCCAAUGAACCUAAUUUCCAGAGAACAUUCUGGGGAGAUAAUUAUGAACGGUUGCUUGCUAUCAAACGAAAGUAUGAUCCUACUGAUGUACUUUGGUGUCAUCCUUGUGUGGGAAAUGAGGGUUGGAAGGUUGUGGAUAAUGUUUUGUGUCGGGUACCGCAUGGGUUUGAACUAUGA